ACGACAGAUUUAGCUACUACCAAAGGUCCGGCUUACAUUUACUCAGUUGUUUUGGAGCAAAACAAACGGAGCGACCAGCCGCAACGCCACAGAGACAUCAACAUCUCUGUUCAGAGGCUGUCAGACUCGGCACAUGUUUCCUGCUUGACCGAAGCGUCUAAGCAAGUAUUCAAGGAGCAAAAGGUUCCACCUGUACUUGCUGCAAGUAUGCCAUCAACUUUAUCCGGAGGACCUGAAGAACAAGAUUACACGGCAUCAAAGCAAGCUCUUGGAGUUGCCAGGAAUAGCCAUGUUCCUAGAGUUGGUAAAAGCACAGGGAAACCUUCAUUUAUCCAAACAAGGGACAGAGAGCAGAAAGGGCAAGACGUAUUAAUAUCGAGGUACUCUACCGAUGGGAGGGGUGCAGUUGUGGCCGCCUUGAAACAGAGGUCCCACAGUGCACCAGUGAGACGGGAGGUGGAGGUGCAGUUGCUGGGUGCAGGGCCAUCCCCGAGUGUAGGUCUCCAGAGUACUGAGGUCCAGCAACCCAGCCCUGCUUUUCCAGCAGGAAACGGUGGGACUGCUACAGCUGUGGCUGCCAUCACAGCUGCCGCCAUCGCGGCCACAGCUCCUGUUAUCCAGGCUCAGAGUGAGAUGGAGGUGCGCGUGGCACAGGUCGCCUCUGAGCUGCGGCGGCUCCAAGAGGCUGAGGGCCAAGGGAGCAGGGCAGGGGGGAGAGGGGCAGACCGUGCCCCAGACAAGACUGCCCAGCUGGAGGAGCAGCUGAUCACGCUGACCCAGCUGAGGCUACAGCACCUGGAGAGGAUCCAAGACCAGCAACUUGAGCUGCAGAACCGUCUGCUGGGCUCUGCUCUGGAUGCAGUGGCAGCUCGUAGUGGCUCAGCUCUGCUGGCCACACGCAGUGCAGGUCAGGGCAGAGCAGUACCAGAGUCGGCACAGAGGCCUGGCCUUAGCUUGCUGCCUGCUGGAGACGGGACUGCUGCUGUUGCAGGGGAUUCAGCUGUCCAGGACCACAGCAUGAGGACAUGGACAGGGUGGGUAAAAAGUCCCCUGGAGACACCCGCACCCCGUAAGGUCAUCCCCAAACCCACCCAUUGGAUCCCCACAGCCCACAACCCUCAGCCGAGCAACCAGACCCACAAAGCCACCAAGAAAAGCUAUGGAGAUGGCAGGCCACUGGAAUGGAUCCCUAUCAGCCAGAGAUCUCCCACAAGGAGCUCGGCACGCUCUGCUGGGGCGAGGGGGGUUGCCGUGGCAACAGUCAAUGACACUGAACCGAAGCAAUUCAGAGAAAACCCACCCAAAGCGUCUGUCUGUCCUGCUGGAAGGAGCCACCCAGAUUCCACUUUGAUCAAACCUGCAUGCCAGUGUGCGACGGCGGGGACCCUGAUGGACGCGGCCCCUUUAACCCGCAGCACCGAGGAGAGCUCCCGCUCAGCCGUGCAGCAGGCCAGCGCUAUGCUGCAGGACCUCAGCAGACUGAAGGAGGAGAUGAGGAACGUGCUCCGGCCAUCUGAGCUGGGUGAUGUGGUCCCUCCCAGGGUUGCUCCUCUGUCUAGGGCCAGCAUGCCCCCGCCCGCCUCCAUGUUUGAGGAUGCAGGGUGUGUCCUGAAGCAAGUCAGGCGAGGACGGAAGGUUCUGGAAGAGAACCUGCAGGCCAUUUUGAGAGCCAAGGAUGGAGAGGUGCUUCAUACACAACUAGAGGCACUGGCUACUAACAGAGACGCCAGGGAGGAGCUGAGAGUGAGGAAGACUGUGGAUGCGUGGAUCAGCACGCUGACCAAGGAGAUCGAGGACGAGCUGGCUCCGCUGGGCUCCGCUGCGGAGAGGGCCCCCGCCGCCCCCCGGGUUCAGGGUGGUGGGGGCGGGGCCAGGACCAGAAGGGCGGGGCCAAAGGGGAAAGGAGCUGUAGCAGCAGCAAGCAGAAGGCCAGCGCUGAGAGCCCCUGCGCCGAGCAGGCUGCCGCCGGGCCAGCAUCACACCUCCUCUCUGAGGAGCGACGCGGAGCAGCACGCACACGCGCCCACACCGCCCAAGUCUGACGAUGACGAGGCGUACCUGGAGAAGGUGUAUGGGAGGGCCCUGUACGAGGGCCAGCGACGCACCCUGAAGAAAGGGCCCUACCUCCGCUUCAGCUCCCCCGUGCCAAAACCCAAAGUGCAGCGUCCUAAACUGAUCGAGAGUGUGAAAGGCGUGAAGAUGAAGUCCUCCAAGACCCAGACCCAGACCAGCUCGUCGGGGGUUCGUGCGGUGUCCUCUGGACCCCAGUACCUCUUCAGUCCCAGCAGCCCAGUCCAGCAGGAGCAGCUGGUACCAGGCUCCCCGCUGCGGGGCUUCCUCAUCCCCAUGGCCAUCCCCCUGGGUGAGCCCAGAGUGGAUGGCCAGGUGCCGUUACCCUCACGGGUCAUCAUCAGUGACAAGCCUGCCAUUGUGACCACGUCAUUCCUUCCUACCCCUGCUCCUGAAUCGGCCCCUCCCAUUCAUAAGCCCAACACAGUCCUGCUAGAAGUCUGCUCCACGCCCAAGAGACCUGCCCCACAACUCCAAAUACAGGUUCAGCCUAGCGUGAACAUUGAGAGUAUAACAGGUCCAAGUCCUGCUCCCUCUCCUCCUCUCUUGCCUUCUCCACCCAUUCAGCAGGAGUCUGAACUGGAGGCCGAUGCUCCUGGCAGCCCCGUGGAGCUGAAUGGGCUGCCCUCUCCUCCAGCUGCUAUGUACCACGGCCCAGCCUUCCCCCCACAGCCGGCUCCGCCCACCCCGCUCCCCGAGCUGGGCCUUAGGACCGGCCAGCACACACACACCCUGGAGGGCAGGUUGCUGGACUGGGUGGAGCAGCAGCUCAUGGCUAGGGUGAUCAGUGGGAUGUUUUCUCCACAAGACCCAGCCAACCAAUCAGAGCCAGCGGAGAGCGUGACAUCAUGCAUGGCGGAGGCCACGCGACACGGGGGGCAGCAGCAGGUCGUUCACGCGGGUCUCCCGGUGGACUCGGAGCUCGUCAGGCGGUGUGUGAACGAGGUUCUGGCGGAGAUCAUCGCUGCCACGCUGGGCCAGAGUCAUGGCCCCGAAGCAGCGGGCCCCCCGGAGACAGCCGCACAGGACACACAUACUCAGGAGACUGCGAUACCCACACCAGUGCCCACUCCAGAGCCCAGCGAGAGAGACAGUCCUGCCUCGAAUGAGGCACUGCCUCCAGGCAGCGCCCUGGCUCAGUCACCCACAGGCAGUCAGCCUGCCCGACCUCAGGAGCCAGCUUCACCAGUCUCUGAGAAGACUCCCGUGGACACACCUGCCAGCACGCCAGUCCCCUCCCCCGACAGGCUGGCUACGCCCUCCCCCCCGCCGGAGCUGCCCAGCCUGCGCAAUCACCCGUGGGGAGAGGCAGAGCUUCCUCUUAAGGAGGAGGAUCCUCACAGUGAAGAAGAGGAACUUGGGCCACCACCAAUUGUAUUAUCAGUAGCCCAUGAGGAGGAGGUGGAGGCAGUCAUACUGCCGUCCUUUCCUGUUCCUCCUGAACCACAAAGGCUUCCAUCAGCUGUGGAGGAAGAGCCUCCACCUGCUCCACCUGAGUCUCUGUCUGGGGAUGACAGCAGCUCCUGGUCCAGUCCCACCCUCACAGAGACGGAGACCGCUGCCAGACACAUCUCUGAAGGAGAGGUGCUUCUCAGCUCUGGACAAAUGGCUGUAAUCAGAGCUCUGGAGGAGGAGGGCCUCGCUCUGCCCAACCCCCUGACGAGCUUCAACAGCUCUCUGCACGGCGUCCAUGAUAUGGACUACGACCCGCCCAGUGAAGGUCAGGUGAUUAGAAGGCCUCUUGUCCCUGCCAACCACGACCCUGUCCUCUCUUUGCUGGCCAGGAUGGAGCAGGGCCCAGCCAGCCAAUCACAGCAACCAGAGCAGGGCUGUUGGGAUGAGGAGAGCAGUGGGGAGUUGAGUGAGGGCCAGCGCCCCCUACUGACCACACUGCAGCAGAGAGUGGUGACCGGACACUCCCUCUUACCGACAGAGCCAAGUGGCCAGGAUAGCGUGGAGCAGUCUCCCCACACAACCCUUAACUCGCCUGGACAACUGCUCACUCAGUUCACAGGGCAAGUCACCCCGGCUGAGGAUAGUGGGCUGCCGGUCAACGUCAAGCCAACAGAGGAGCACACACAGACUUCAGAUACACCUCCCCCUCAGCCAGGAGACUCUACACACCAACAGUGCGUGCUAGCGUCGCUUCCCCUCACUGUGUCUCCUGCCUCCUGUGUCCCUCCCCGCGGACCUGCUCUGAUCCUGGUGAAGCAGUGCCAACCCCAGCUGGAGACAGGAGCUGAAGCUUCUCUGCAAGCAAGUAGUGAUGGGCGGCUGAUAUCCAUCACGUUGCCGACUGUCCAGUCGGAUGACUGGUCGCCCAGCGUCAGCACUAUGGAGGGAGAUUCCCAUUCGGCUAGUGAUGUGUUCUUGUGAGCCUUGGCCGCUGAGAGGACAGUACCUGAAGAGCCUCAACCUGCUGAGAGCAGCAGGUUGAAUGACUGAUUUACAUCACAAUGCUUUGUGCAUGAACCAAUCAUACCUCUCGUGGUUAGGGGGUCUUUUUCUCAAGGGCUUUAUCUUAUCAUCUCCAAACAGAGAGAGCAACGUUACACUUGACAUCUGACAGUUUCUGUGUUCUGGUAGAUUUCAGAUUCUAACACCAUGCAAUCUGGUUAGUGUUGCAAAGUAAGGGUGCACUUAAUGUCCAUUUAAGAGAUGCCAGUCUUAAAUAAGUGCACGGUUUGUGUUGCAUGACUAUGAUUUUGCAGUUUUUUAAGGCCAAUAAAUAUUUUAGCACAGA